CGGCUUUUGAGUCACGGCCAAAGCUCACUGCCUUUGUAUCAACGAGAUCUGGACUAGUGCGCAUUCAUGCAUUUCUCACGUCUCUUUAGUUUACAUAUCUCAUUGAUGAGCACUAAAGAAAGGCCUUAAGGAAUGGCUUCAAUGACAUAGUCUUGUGCUGCUUGCUGUAUAUAACCUGGAAGAUCGUACAGCAUACUUACUGAAGACGGUUCCAACUUUUAUCAGAUGUGUUUCUAUUCACUGGUUUACAACCGGUUUCUUAGCCCUCCAACAUGACUCACUCUGAAGUGAGAGACACAGAAGGUUCAUUGAGAUGCCUAUCCAUGAAGAGUGACCAAUCAAUGGAACCUCCCAUAACCUUAAAAGAGGGAGAGCUUUCCACUCUGUUCAGUCAGAAGAGGAGAUCAGAGCAUAGCUAUGUGUCCAUGGAGAGUGCCUGGUCAAUGGAUGUCCCUGCAAACUUCACAGAGGGAGCCUUUUCUACUGAGUGGAGUGGACAACCUGAAGCAAUAAAGACAUCAUAUGGAAAACAUCUGGAGUCAGUAUUCCAGGAACUUGAACACAAGGUCAUCUCUUUGGUGAAGAGUGAACUGAAUAGAUUCAAGAAGCUGCUGAGACCAGAUUAUUCAGAAUGCUGUGAGAGAGAGGCAGAGGAGAAGGAGGAUCAAAGUUCUCCUAGACAAGCAGCACUGAAGAUCACACUGCACAUCCUUAAGAGCAUGAACCAGUCAGACCUUGCUAAUACCCUAUUGACCAAACUAGCACCGGUGGCUUACAAAAAAAUCAAAUCAAAACUAAGGAAAAAGUUUGAAAUGAUUAAUGAAGGAAUUUCAAAACAAGUAAAUUCAGCAUUUCUGAAUGAGAUCUACACAGAGCUCUACAUCACAGAAGGUGAGAGUGGGGAGGUCAAUAAUAAACAUGAGGUCAGACAGAUUGAGACAGCAUCCAGAAGACCAGCAGGACAAGAGACACCCAUCAACUGCAAUGACAUCUUUAAACUCUUCACUGGACCCAACAAACCAAUCAGAACUGUACUGACUAAAGGAGUUGCUGGAAUUGGGAAAACAGUUUCAGUGCAGAAGUUCAUUUUGGACUGGGCUGAAGGAAAAGCUAAUCAGGAUGUCCACUGUAUAUUUCCACUUCCUUUUAGGGAGCUGAAUUUGAUGAAGGACAAAAAGCUCAGUUUGAUGGAUCUACUUCACUGCUUUUUGACAGAAACUAAAGAUAUAACAUUGAGCCACAAUGAUUUUUAUAAAAUCUUGUUUAUUUGUGAUGGUCUGGAUGAGUGCAGACUUCCUCUAGAUUUCCAAAACAAUGAGAGCUUGUCAGAUGUGACAGAGGUGGCUUCAGUGGAUGCGGUGCUGACAAACCUCAUCAAUGGAAAUCUGCUUCCCUCUGCUUGUCUUUGGAUCACCUCUCGACCAGCAGCGUGUGAUCAGAUCCCUUCCAAGUUUGUUGACCAGGUAACAGAGGUACGAGGGUUCAGUGACCCUCAGAAAGAGGAAUACUUCAGGAAGAGGAUCAGUGACCAGAGUGUGGCCAACAGAGUCAUCACACAUAUGAAGUCAUCAAAAAGCCUCUACAUCAUGUGCCACAUACCGGUCUUCUGUUGGAUUGCAGCCACUGUUCUAAAGAAAAUUUUGAGCCAAGCAGCAACUGGAGAGAUCCCCAAGACUCUGACUCAAAUGUUCACACAUUUCUUAUCCUUCCAGACCAGACGGAGCAGUAUGAAGUACCCAAGAAAAUUAGAAAAUUCUCCUAACCAAAUCAGAAAGCACAUUCUGGCACUGGGAAAACUGGCAUUUCAACAGCUGGAAAAAGGUAACCUGAUUUUCUAUGAGGAAGAUCUCAGGUUAUGUGGAAUUGAUAUCACUGAAAUGUCAGUCUACUCAGGGCUCUGCACCCAAAUCUUUCGAGAAGAGCUUGGGCUGCAGCUGGGGAAGGUGUUCAGCUUUGUGCAUCUGAGUGUUCAGGAGUUUCUUGCAGCUUUAUAUGUGCUUGUCUCAUUCACCAACAAAGAUGUUCUAGAAAUGCAAGUCAUCGAGCACACUGGCCUCGUAAAUAAGGCAACACUAUCUGAGUUUCUUAAGAGUGCAGUGGACAAGACCUUACAGAGCAAGAAUGGACACUUGGAUCUUUUCCUCCGCUUCCUUCUGGGUCUUUCCUUGGAGUCCAAUCAGGCUCUUUUGCAAGGACUGAUGACACAAUCAGGAAGCAGCUCACACAAAGAGGAAACAGUCAAGCACAUCAAGAAGAAAAUUAAGAUGAAUCCUUCUCCCGAAAAAUCAGUCAAUCUGUUCUACUGUCUGAAUGAACUCAAUGACCACUCUCUAGUGCAGGAUGUCCAAGCAUAUCUGAGUGGUAGUGAUGACAGUUGCCUCCAGGGAGUCAAGCUAUCUCCUGUUCAGUGGUUAGCUAUAGUGUUUGUGUUGCUGAAUUCUGAAGAUGAGCUGGAGGAGUUUAAACUGAAUAAAUAUGACCCAUCAGAGGAAUGUCUUCAAAAUUUAUUGCCUGUGGUUCAAGUAUGUAGAAAAGCUCGGCUUAGCAACUGCAACCUUACGGAGAAAAGCUGUGAAAUUCUAGCCUCAGCUAUCAGCUCAAGCACCUCAAAUUUAAGAGAACUGUAUCUUAGUAACAAUGAACUGCAGGAUUCAGGAGUGAGGUUGCUCUCAGCUGGGCUACUGAAUCCACACUGUAAGAUAGAGACAUUAAGCCUGAAUGGUUGCAAUCUUACUGAGAGAAGCUGUGGAGUUCUGGCCUCAGUACUCAGCUCAAAUAUAUCAAGGCUGAAAGAGCUGGAUCUGAGUUACAACGAACUGAAUUCUGGUAUGAAGCAGUUGUCUGCUGGACUGGAGAAUUCACACUGUAAAUUGGAGAGACUAAGCCUCUAUAACUGUAACAUGGACGAGGAAGACUGUGCUGCUCUGAUUUCAGCUCUGAAAUUAAACCCCUUACACCUGAGAGAGCUCAAUCUGGGCUUGAACAAACCAGGAGAUACAGGAGUGGAACAUCUCUCUGCUCUACUGGAGGAUCAAAAUUGCAAACUGGAGAAAUUAAAGUUGUUCAACUGCAGUAUUAGCAAGGAAGGCUGCGCUGCUCUGGUGUCAGCUCUAACUUCAAACCCAUCACAUCUCACAGAACUUGAUCUGACAUGGAACACAGUAGGAGAUUCAGAAAUUAAGCUGCUGUCUGCUCUAAAGGGGAAUCCACACUAUAAACUGGAGAAACUACUCCUCCAUGUACCUGAACAAAUGAGAACCUUGGACAAGAAGAGCAGUCAGCGAAAAUACCAUCAAUAACUGAAUAACUCUAUGUAAGCAUUUUUCAAUUGUAAGGACUCCCAUAGGACCACCACAGAGCAGGUGGAUCAUUCUCAGCACUGCAGUGACACUGACAUGGUGGUGACAUGUUAGUGUGUUGUCCUGGUAUGAGCGGAUCAGACACAGCUGUGUUUAACACUGUCCACUCACUGUCCACUCUAUUAGACACAAUUAUUUUGUUGGUCCACCUUGUAGAAAGUCAGAGAGAGUAGCUGAUGUGUUGCUGCUUAGUUUUUGUCACCCUCUAGUCAAGUUUAGUGUCAUUACAGGUUAUGUCAGAUUCUAAUAUGUGCUGUAUACUGUAGUUAGCCAUCAUGACAUCAAACAUUCUGACUCUGUCAUGACAAUUACUUGUAACAUGGCUACAUUACUGAAUAUAAAUCAUGACAGCAUAUUGUUGCUAUGACAUGCUUAUAUAGCAGGUCCAAGUGAAGUUUUAUUCAGAUUUAUCUUUAAGUUCUUAAUUUGCUAAUAAUCCAAUAUUGCAGCAGAUACAUUUAGAACAUUUAUUCACAGAGAAGUGAAUGACAUUGUACACUGAAAAUAUAAUGCACUGAACUGAACUUGAUUCAAAUGUGUACAUAAUUUCCAAGUGAAUAAAAUUAUUACAUUAAUAUA